AAAAAACUUUUUAAGUCCAGCAGUCAUCUGAUGCGCUGAUUUCCAGUAUAACAACUUAACUAUAUUCUGGGGAUUUAAAGAACCCAGGAAUCCUGAAUACUUCUCUGCAAAGGUGCGUCUUCCUGGCAGCUGCAGGUGCAUUAAUGAAAUCUAUUACUUCAAGAGGCAAACCUGAAUAUCUUUGGAUGCACCAUAACAACACGACAUAUGGAAUGUUUUACUAAUUAAGAACAAGAUAUAAAGGGGUCUGAGAAAUGGAGAACAAAUGGUUCUUAUCUGUUAUUCAGGAGGACUUUAGAGCUGGAAAAAUUAGUGUAGAAAAAACAGCAAAAUUACUUGAAAAGCUAAAUAUCCGUUGUGACGGUAAUCAUGUCAAAUGUGUUUUUAAGGAAAAUGACACACAUAGAAAUGGAAAAAUAACCAUAGAGGAAUUUAGAAGAAUUUAUAGAAAUUUUGCCUACAGAGAAGAAGUUGUUGAGAUUUUCAAUACCUAUUCUUCAAACCGCAAAAUGUCUGAACAAAAUCUGAUAAAAUUUCUUAAACAAGAACAAUAUGUUCAGAUGAGUGAUACCAUUGCUUCUGAAAUAAUUCAAAAAUAUGAGCCCAUCAAAGAAGCGAAAAAACAACACCAGAUGACGAUUGAAGGAUUUAUAAGAUACAUGAACUCAGAUGAUUGCUUGCUAUUUAAAAAGGAUUGCACACAUGUUUACCAUGAUAUGACUCGUCCUUUAAAUGAUUACUUUAUUUCAACUUCUCAUAACACCUACCUGAUUUCUGGUCAAUUAAUAGGGCCAAGUGAUCUUUGGGGCUAUGCAAGUGCUCUUGUGAAGGGAUGUCGUUGUUUAGAAAUUGACUGCUGGGAUGGAUCACAAAAUGAACCUGUUGUAUAUCAUGGGCAUACACUAACAAGCAAGAUUCUGUUUAAAACUGUCAUCCAAGUGAUCAAUAAGUAUGCAUUUAUGGCCUCUGACUACCCAGUGGUACUCUCUCUAGAAAAUCACUGCUCCCCUCAGCAACAAGAAAUAAUGGCAAAUAAUCUACAAAGUAUUCUUGGGAAUACACUUCUUUCUGAUAUCCUUGAAAAAUUUCCAGAUGUACUACCUUCACCUGAGGCAUUGAAAUUUAAAAUACUAGUAAAAAAUAAGAAAAUUGGAACAAUAAAGGAGACAAUUGAAAGACUGGGCAGAGACAAACAUGGUCAGAUACUAGAAUGUGAAGAGGAGGAGGAAGAAGAAGAAGAUGAAAUAGAAGACUAUUCAAAAGAACUUAUUAGUCUACCUAUAAUUAAAGAGAGCAAAGAAAAAGAGGUGGAAGAAAAAGCAUCUAUAAUAAAGCAGUUCAUUAGUUAUUCUAAAAAAAAAAGGAUCAGGAAGAUAAAAAUAGCCUUGGAGCUGUCAGAUCUUGUCAUUUAUACCAAAGCUGAGAAGUUCAAAGGCUUUCAUCAUGCCCAGCUUUAUCAGAAAUUCAAUGAGAAUAAUUCUAUCGGAGAGUUACUUGCAAGAAAACUUUCAAAACAGAAAGCUCGUGAAUUUAUCUCACAUACUAACAACUUCAUUACAAGAAUAUAUCCCAAAGCAAGCAGAACGGAUUCUUCUAAUUACAUUCCUCAAGAAUUUUGGAAUGUAGGAUGUCAGAUGGUGGCCUUAAAUUUCCAAACUCCUGGAUUACCUAUGGAUCUGCAGAAUGGGAAAUUUCUAGAUAAUGGUGGCUGUGGAUAUCUUUUAAAACCAGAAAUCCUGAGAAAUCCUAAAUUAAACUUCUCUCCAAAUGAAUUGAAAGAAUAUAAUCCAACUAUACUUUCAAUAAGGCUCAUAAGUGGUUUCCAGUUGCCUCCUACUAAUAGGAAUGACCCACUAGUGCUGAUAGAAAUAUAUGGCAUUCCAGAUGACCAAACAAAACAACAGACCCAUGUAGUUAGGAAAAAUGAUCAUCAGGAAAAUGUUUACAGACUUUGGGACAAAUUAUGUUCUACCAUAGAGGAAGAAAGAAAAUCAUCAACUUGUGUUAAGUACCCAAGUUAAUGUCAAACUGAAUACAACCAGAGUAAAACUGAAGCCCAGUGGUAGGACAAACCAAGAUGACAUGCCAUGGCUCAGAAUGCAGUAGAUCUGAACAAGCUCUAAGUACUCCACGGUACCUGCUUCAGGCACUUUCAUGGCCCUUGCAAGAAAUUGUUCUCAUCUGUCUAUUCCACUAGGGAAAGUUUUCACACACUUGGGGUGGAUAUCUCCCUAACUUAGUGAAGAUCUGAGACCUGUUAUUCUCAAUCUGAUUUAUCCUGUCUGUUUUUUUGGGGAGUGGUGCUGCUGUGCAUGCUACAACUUCUUGGAGCCACAGGUGAAAAGUGAGUGAAUUAGGCACAAAAGGUGCAUGAAGAGCCCUGCAAAGGAUUGGCAAGCCCUCACACCAGAGGUGCUAUUCCUACUGAACACCCCAUUCAUCCCAGCUAUUAUGCAGGUAUAUUCUAUGUAAAUAUAGAUACAAAGAACUUAAAAAUACAGUAAGACUUUUGUAAUAUCCUCAAUAUGUAUAGAUAAAUU